ACCAUGCGCCCUGAAAAUGCGCAGUUAAAAAACGUACUUCCGGAGUAAACAUCUCAUCACAUUUUAAGAAAAGAUGGACGAAUUGCAAAAACUUGAGUAUUUGUCUCUGGUCUCUAAAGUUUGUACAGAACUUGAGAACCAUCUGGGACUAAAUGACAAGGACCUAGCUGAAUUUAUCAUACAUCUGGCGGAAAAGAAUGAUACAUAUCAGAAGUUUAAAAAAGCUUUGGAUGAAAAUGGUGCAGAGUUUGCAGAUUCACUGGUUGCAAAUCUGCUCAGGCUGAUCCAGAAAAUGAAACCAAAACCACAGAAAGAAACCAAGAAAGAAACAGAAAUCACCAAAGAAAGUGUUCAGAGUGACGUGGAAAUAAAAAAGAAGCUAUUCCCAGGUUUGGCUCUGGCAAAUGACCCCAAAACCAGGAAUAUGUUGCUGGAUGAAGAUGAGGAAAAACCAAUCAAAACAGAGAGGACAGAAGACAGUAAGCCAAUCAAAACAGAAAGAACAGAUGACAGUGCUACUAAGCCAAUCAAAACAGAUGUUACAGAUGUUGAUGUGGCAGGUGAUAUGAUGAAUGAACUGGAGGCACUAAUGAAUGCUCCAGCACCAAAAGAAAAAAACAAUAAGGAGAAAGAAAGAAGAAGAGACCGGAGUCGAAGCAGAGAGCGAGAUAGAAGGAGAAGGAGGAGCAGGUCUAGAGAUAGAUCAAGGUCAAGAAGUCGAGACAGAGACAGACGAAGAAAUAGGUCAAGGUCAAGAGACAGAGAUAAAAGACGACGAGAUCAAAGAUCACGAAGUCGUGAGAGAGAUAAAAAGAAAUGGAGACAAAGGGACAGAGAAGAGCUCCCUAUGGACCCUGAGCCAGGAAGGAUAUACAAUGGGAGAGUCAACACCAUUAUGCAGUUUGGCUGCUUUGUUCAGUUAGAGGGUCUUCGAAAGAAAUGGGAAGGGCUCGUUCAUAUUUCACAGUUGAGGAGAGAGGGGAGGGUAACAAAUGUCAGUGAUGUGGUGCAGAGAGGUCAAAAGGUCAAGGUCAAAGUUUUGUCAUUCAGUGGCCAGAAAACCAGUUUAUCUUUAAAGGAUGUUGAUCAGGAAACCGGAGAAGACUUAAACCCAUCAAAGACCAAGACCCUGGUAGGUGGAGAAAUCCACAACAAUCAAGUGGAGGCCAGGAACCCGGACCGCCCCUCCACCAUGCCUCUGGUGGAACACAUCCCGGAUAUUGACGACAGCCGCGAAAAGAAGCGAUAUCAGCGAAUGUCGUCCCCGGAGAGAUUCGAGAUCCAACAGAUGAUCGCCGCUAACGUCAUCGAUAAGUCAGAACUGCCGGACUUCGAUGAGGAGAUGGGGGUGUUGGUGAAGGACGAUGAUUCCGAUGAGGAUAUAGAGAUAGAACUGAAAGAAGAGGAGGCGCCAUUCCUGACUGGGCACGGCCGAGGGGGGAUGGAUCUUAGUCCUGUUAAAAUUGUCAAGAACCCUGACGGCUCUUUGUCACAAGCUGCCAUGAUGCAGAAUGCUCUACAGAAGGAGAGGCGAGAGCUGAAGCAGGCCCAGAGAGAGGCCCAGAUGGACGCUGUGCCCUCGGGGCUAAAUAAAGACUGGAUCGACCCCAUGCCAGAGGAUGGCGACAGAAGGCUAGCCUCCCAGGUGCGGGGAGUAGGAAUGGCCCCAGCUGAUUUACCAGAGUGGAAGAAACAUAUAUCAGGGGGUCAGAAGGCAUCCUACGGAAAGAAGGAAAAGAAAUCGCUCCUGGAACAGCGCCAGAGUCUGCCUAUAUUUAAACUCAAGGACGAACUAGUCAAGGCUGUGACAGACAACCAGGUAUUAAUCGUCAUUGGUGAGACGGGAUCAGGGAAGACAACUCAGAUCACCCAGUAUCUCGCUGAGGCUGGCUACACGACAUCGGGGAAGAUCGGAUGUACUCAGCCGAGACGAGUCGCUGCCAUGUCUGUCGCCAAACGAGUCUCGGAGGAAUUUGGUUGUCGACUGGGACAGGAGGUUGGCUACACAAUUCGUUUUGAGGAUUGUACGAGUCCCGAGACAAAGAUCAAAUACAUGACAGAUGGUAUGAUGCUGAGAGAGUGCCUGAUUGACGGCGAUCUGACUCAGUACAGUAUUAUAAUGUUGGACGAGGCUCAUGAGAGGACGAUUCACACAGACGUCUUGUUUGGUCUACUGAAG